AUGCUUGAAGGCGUACUGGCCUCGGUCCUUAACCGCUUCCUCGCAUCAUACGUCGAUGGACUCAACACUAGUCAACUCAACGUCGGUAUCUGGUCCGGAGAUGUCAAGCUUAGAAAUCUCCGCCUCAAGACGUCGGCCCUCGACAAGUUUCGUUUGCCAAUCGACGUCAAAGAGGGAUACUUGGGCGCUCUGACCCUCUCCAUCCCUUGGUCAAAUCUCAAGGGAAAGCCUGUCCGAGUCCUCGUCGAGAAUGUCCACCUUCUUGCAGCACCCAAGAAUGCCUCGGUCGAAGUCGACGAGGAAGAGGAGGAAGAAAGGGCGCAGGCAGCCAAGCAGGAGAAGCUGGCAAAUGCUGAGCUUUUGGGGAGGGACUCGCAAGCGUCUGUAGGGAUGAGCGCAGAGGAGGCACAGAAGAAUGAGAGCUUCACCUCAUCCCUCGUCACCAAGAUUGUCGACAACUUGCAGAUCACUGUCCGCAACAUCCACGUACGCUACGAGGACAGUUUGUCAAAUCCCGAGCACCCCUUCGCGGCCGGUUUCACCCUCUCAGAAUUCUCAGCAGUCUCAACGGACGCCAACUGGAACCCUACCUUCAUCCAGAACAGCGCCGAGGGCAUUCACAAGCUUGCCCGCCUCGAAUCCCUCUCGUUGUAUUGGGACACGGACUCCAUCUCUUUGUCAGGCCUUUCAGACGUCGCAGAAUCAAAGCAACGCUUCGAUGAGCUCAUUCCAAAGGAAGGACAGAGUCCCUCACAUCAGUACAUCCUCAAGCCAGUCUCUGGCGCAGGGCGACUCAUUGUCAGACGGAAGAUGACACCAGAGAUUGCCAAGAUGGACGCACAGCUGCUGUUCGACGAGCUCGGUUUUGCCUUCGAUGACGAACAGUAUCGUGACGUCAUCUCGGUCGCAGAUCUCUUCCACUUCUACACGCGCCAAGCUCAAUACCGUCGCUUCAGACCAGAAGCCAAGGAGCUCGAAGAGAACCGCCCACGAGCUCUCUUCCGUUUUGCUGGGCGUGCCAUCGUCAACGAAGUGCACGAGAAGCAUCGCGUCUGGACUUGGGACUACUUCAAGCAACGCAGAGAUGAUCGUCGAGCGUACGUUGCCCUCUUCAAGAAGAAGGACGAGCAGCAGCAGAAGCAGAAUCAGAAGCAGGCUGCGGUCCAGCCUACUACGAGCGACGACAAUGAUCAGCUGCGUGACCUGGAGCGACGACUCUCGUACCGAGACAUCCGCUUCUAUCGUUCCAUCGCCCGCAACGAGAUGCGCAAGGAGCGUGCGGCAAAGAAGCGCGAUGAGAUUGAGCAUAAUGGCGGUCACAGCAGUGACUCGACGCAGUCUGGCGGCGGCGGAGGCGGGGGAUGGAUGAGCUGGAUCUGGGGCAGCUCAUCGUCGUCUUCGCAGCAGCAGAACAGCGGCGUCCUCAACGAGGAGCAGCGCAAGGAGCUGUACGAGGCCAUCGAGUGGGACGAGUCGAUGGGGUCACAAGCCGUCACCGAGGCCGUCGAUGCGCCGGGCGAUGCCAUGAAGCUACGCCUCUCGACGAAGCUGCAGACGGGAUCAUUCGCCCUGCGCGAUCAUUCACGCGACUCGGACAUCGUUGCUCUCGUCUUUGACACCCUGCAAGCCGACGUUGUCCAGCGCGUGGACAAUCUCGAGGCAGCGUUAUCUCUCGGAGGUCUGCGCGUCUACGACGGCACCACACCCAACUCGCUCUAUCCACAGAUAGUCCGAGUCAAAGAGGACGAGACGAACGUUCCCAAUCGCCAAAACUCCAACGAGGACGACAUUCGCGAGAUUGAGAAGCAAGUCGGCCAAGAGAGCGACCCAGAAAAUCCCUUCUUCUUCCUGCGAUUCGAGAACAAGCCGCUAGACAAGCGCGCAGACAAUGCACUCACGGUCAAGAUGCGAUCUAUGGAGAUCAUAUAUCACCGCGGUUACGUCGAGUCAAUCGUGCGCUUCUUCAAGCCGCCAGAGAGCGAGCUCGAGCUCAUUGGUGCUCUCAUCGAUGUGGCAAGCGAGACGCUCGAGGGGAUCCGCAAAGAGACUAGAGCUGGACUCGAGAAUGCGCUCGAGAACCACAAGACCAUCGAUGUGGCACUUGACGUCGCUGCACCGAUCAUCAUCGUGCCUCAAGAUGUGACGCUCAAGAAGUGUCAGCACGUUGUUCUUGACGCGGGCCACAUCGGCGUGCGCUCAGUCAUGGCACCGCAAGAAGCACUGGACACGGUUCGCUCCAAGCAGAGCAAACAGUACACUCCGGAGGACUACCGCCAGCUCGAGGAGCUCAUGUAUGACCGCUUCUUCGUCAAGCUCGAGGCCGCGCAGUUGGUCAUGGGCAACGACCUCGAGUCGUGUCUGCAAAGUCUGGAGGGCUCGACGCCGAUGGAUCACAAUCUGCAUCUCCUCGAGCGCAUCAACAUCGACUUUACGAUCCACAACUCGAUUCUCCCCUCGGCGCCCAACCUCACCAAGGUCAAGCUGACAGGACACCUGCCUACACUUCGUGUCAAUUUCAGCGAUCGCAAGUACCAUCAACUGAUGGCUAUCGUCGAUGUUGCUAUUCCGUCGUUUGACGACGAGGACGAAACUGGCGCAGCGAAGAUCAGCGAGGUUCCAGAGAAGCAACCGCAGCAGGCGGGAGAGACAUCGAUGCUGAGCGAGAUCCCGGAGGAAGAUCAGUCGCGACGCCACAAGCGUGACGGCUCAAAGUCACGAUCAGCAGACGCCCCACCCUCGCCUACGCUGCGAAAGCGUCGCUCCUCUCGCGUUCCGAGCGACGUCGGCGAUGCUCUCGACCUCAAUAAGCAGCGACGCUCGAGGAUAGCGAGCCAGAUGCGCGGCGAUGACGAUGUAGUGGUGGAGGACGACGAUGACGACACAUUUGAGGACGCACAGGACGCCACGGCGGACCGCAUCAAUGCUCACCAGAAGACGUUCGAGCUCCAAUUCGUCGUCGACUCGCUGCAAGGCUCCAUCUUCAAGUCGAACACCGACCCCUCCAAGCCCGAUCGAUUGCUAGUCGAGGCCAACUUCGAAGGCUUCUACCUCGGGCUGGCCGUCCUGCCCUACCAGCUCAACGUCGACGUCGGGCUGCGCUCAUUGGAGCUUGAGGACAAGAUAGUCGAUCACGGGCCGGCGUUCAAGUAUUUGAUCACUUCAAAGCAGGUGAAAGAGGGGCAGAACCAGCCUGGUGCAGCGAAGGAGGGUCAGAAUGCGUCCGUCGAGUCCUCGUCUUCGGGUGUCUCGACCCCGCAGAAGGAUCUCGUAAGCGUCAAGUACGUACGCGUGCAGCCGGACAGCCCGGAAUUCAUGAGCGUAUACGAGGGGAUCGAUCAGUCGAUCAACGUCGAGCUCAGCACGAUCAACAUCAUGCUCACGCGCGUGUCUAUCCUUGCCGUCUACGACUGGAUCAUGACGACCUUUGUGCCAUCAGAUCCGGCGCCGCCGCAGCAGCCGCCCGCCGACGCGGAUGGCCAGGGUGACGAGGGAGGCGAAGUGGCCAAACGUGCAGCUGCCGCUGCCCCUGCUGAGCCUCGCAAGGAGAAGCUGCGAGUGCGUGUCAAGCUCACAUCGGUCGUCCUUCGUCUCAACAACGAUGGCGCCCUGCUCGCCACGUUGACGCUCUCCACGGCCGACGUCGCCGUCUUUUUGAGAGGCGCUACUUUGCGCGUUGCCGCUCGACUUGGCUCGUUGCUCAUCCUCGACAAUUCGCAGCGAGACACGGCCUCUGGCGAGUUCAAGAAACUGCUUUCCAUUGAGGGCGACGAGCUGGCCGACUUCUCCUACGAGACCUUCGACCCUAAUGACCACGCCGCCUAUCCCGGUUACGACUCGUCGAUCUGGCUGCGCAGCGGCUCGUUGCGCAUCACCUUCCUCGAGGACCUGAUCCGAGACCUCCUCACCUUCUUCUCCAAGUUCGCCCGCAUGAAGGAGGUUUACGACGCUGCCACGCAGGCCGCUACGGCUCAGGCAACGCAGCUACAGCAGCAGGUCAGCAAGAUGCACUACGACGUCAUCGUCCAGUCGCCCGUCGUGGUUUUACCCCGCAAUACAACGUCGACGGAUGUGGUCGUGGCCAACUUGGGAGAGAUCUACGCACACAAUACUUUCCCACCGAAGGACGAUGGGCACGUCGUGACCAAGAUAGAAGCGGGACUGCGGCAUAUCCGCUUGGCCUCGCGGCUACAGCGCAACGGUCAGAACAACCACAUCCAGAUGAUUGAUGAUGUCAACAUCUCCGUCGACGUGACGCAAGAGCAGCACGUCGACCACAGCAACGAGUCGACGGAGCCGGAGAUGCAGAUCCUCGCUCGCAUGUCGGACGUGCAGAUCAAAAUGACUCAAGCGCAGUACUGUUUCAUCAUGGAGCUGUUGCAGAGCGUGCCGCGCGCCUUUGCCUUCGAGACGGGCGACACGGACGAUAUUGAUCAGCAAACACUCGAGGCCGUUCCGUCCGCCAGUGCUUCGCCGUCGCCGAGGAAGGACGGCAGCCAAAGUCCGAACAAGGGCGGCGAAGCUGCAACGACUCGCACGGAGCGCUCUGGCCCGGACAUGCUGCCUGAGCUGGGCAGUGUCUCCCACCAGGCCAAUGGCGAGACGAAGCUCCUCAACACUACGCUCGACCUCCUCUUCAGCGUGCGAACCAUCAAUCUCGAGAUCUUCUCUGAGGCGGCGACGGUGCAAGAGAGCCUGUACAAGGCUAGCUUGGCGCGCUUCACGCUAAGCAAUACUGAAGCCAAGCUCAAGAUGCUGUCAGACUCGAGCUUGGAGGCAGAGCUUGCGCUGAAGUCGUUUACCGUGUCGGACACGAGGCCGGACAAGGACACCAAGUUCAGAGAGAUCAUUCCGGCUUCAAGACAUGUCGGGCACCAGCUCAUGGUCUCAUUUACCAUGUCUGGCGACCCUUCGGAUCGUUCGGCUCUGGCGCUCGUCACCGUCGACUCUCCAAAGAUCAUCUUCUCGCUGGAUCCUCUCUUUGCGCUGCUCGAGUUCGCCAUGGCGCCCUUCAAUGCUGUGGAGCAGGCUGAUCAGGCGGCAGCGACGGAUGCUCAGUCAGUCGCAAAGACUGGAGCAGCGACCUCGAAGCCUGGCAGUCGUUCGGCCUCGACUGCAGUGGCAGCCCAAGGCACAGGUGGGCAGUCAGCCUCGCAGGGCGGCCAGACAGGCGACGCCCCCGCAGAGCAAGCCGGAAGCAUCUCCUUCCGAGUCAAUAUUGUCGACCCGUCGGUUCUGCUCCUCGCCUCUCCCGAGAAGAGCGACUCAGAGGUGAUCGUCCUCUCAAUCAAGCAGAUCCUCGUCUCGCAGCAGGGCAUCCUGGCAAUGAACGUCGACCAGAUGGGCAUGUUCGUCACGCGCAUGAACAGGCCAAAGGACUCGUCACUACGCCUGCUGGACAAUUUCAAUCUCGCCCUGUCGAUGGACACGCGCUCAUCUGCGACAAGGCAAACGACGAGCAUCGAGGUUCAUGUGGACCCCCUGGUGCUCCGCGUCUCGCCCGGCGACGUCUUCCUGCUGUCAUCUGUCGUCAACAAGGCUAUCGAACUCUCAGCCAAAUCAUCAGACGACUCGGCCGCAGCAGCUACGUCAAAGUCUGCUGUUGGACCGACGACGCGACGUCAAAUGUCAAUGGCGAGCGCGGAUACGGCGGGGUCAUCCGUUAAGGAUGCUGCCGAAUCCCGACGUCCUUCACAGCAUCAGAGGCAGAGCACCGCAGGCCAAUCGUCUGCCUCGUCGGUGGCCAAGACGGGCGGAGGCAAGAGUAUGAAGGAUGCAGAAGAGGAGGCGCAACGUAGCUAUGAGGCUGAGCUGAUCAUCUCAAAGGAGGUCCUCAAGGCCGACGUCGCUGGCGUACAGGUCAUUCUGAUUGGCGAUGUGCACACACUGCCCCUCCUCGACCUCACCGUCGAGAAGUUCACUGUCAAUGUCAACGACUGGACGGGCGACAUGCAGUUCAACACGACGCUCGGUGCUUUCCUCAACUACUACAACCUGUCGCGCUCCCACUGGGAGCCGCUCAUUGAGCCGUGGGUCGUCGACGUGGCCAUGCGCAACUCGCUGUCGCCGCCGAGCACCCACAUGACCAUCUCGUCGAAGCGCCGCAUGGAGGUCAACGUGACGACGACGCUCAUCGAGACGGCGCUCACCAGCAUGGACAUGCUCAGCCAGGAUCCGCAGCUUGCGUCCACGUCCAGCUCAUCUAGGACACAGCACAAAGCGCCAUUCCAGAUCCGUAACGAGACGGGCUACCCCUUGCGACUGUGGGCUGAGCACGACGACCGUAAGGUCAAAGCAGCGGGGCAGACGCUCGAUGAUGGCGCGGAAAUGCCGUGGUCGUUCGACGACUGGAAGUCGAUGAGAGAGAACAUCGCUGAGGGCGGCGGAAACCGUCUCUCGGUCGCCUUUGAGGGCAUGCCGUGGGAGAGGCUCAAGCAUCUUUCCGUCGACCGAGAAGGCGAGACGUACCACAAUCUUCGCCCCAAGAUCGACAAGGUCGCACACCGCGUCGUCUGUGAUGUCCGACUGAAGGACAAUGUCAAGGUGAUCACGUUCAGGUCGGCCUUCAAGAUCGAGAACAGGACUAUGGUGCCCGUGGAGAUGAUGAUACUCGACGCCGAGGGCAAGGCUGACUCGAGCAACAUUCGCAAGAUAGCGCCAGGCCAAGACUGCCCUGUGCCCAUCGAGGCCGCCUUUCACAGUAGAAUCAAGCUGCGCCCCGACCCCGGCUUCGAAUACGACUGGUCGACCGAGAGCUUCGGCUGGCAGGAUCUCAUCAAGCGGUCGACUCGCUCCAUCGCCUGCAAGGCCAACGAGGCCAAUGAAGCUCCCUUCCGCUUCCAGUGCUACUCGCUUUUCGACCGUCAAGACCCGCUGACGAGGCAGUAUCCCAAGGUAACGCUGCGUCUUCGCCCGCCAGUCGAGGUCGAAAAUCUUCUCCCUUACGACGUUCAGUACCGCAUCUUUGACAAGAACAUGAACCACAACUGGUCCAGCUUCUUGCGCAAGGGCGGCGUCUCACCCAUUCACGUCGUAGAGCUGUCUCACCUCCUUCUGCUGAGCGUAGACGUCCAGUCAUCCGUCUUCUCGCCCAGCGAGUUCGCCAUCAUCUCGACGGACAAUCCUGAUGACUUCCCCAUCGAGAAGGACCUCACGCUAGCCGAUGCGGACAAUCUGAAGCUCAAUUUGCGUCUCUUCUACCACAUGUACCCGGACAGUGGCGGGGCGUUCAAGGUGUCGAUUUACUCGCCAUACAUCUUCAUCAACCAGACAGGCUUGCCUUUCUCGCUCAAGACCAAGUCUUGGCUCGGAUCUGCCAAGCUCGUCGCUGGACAGGAGAGCAGCGCUUCUGGAACGACGGCGAUUCGCAAGGAGCCAGUGCCCUUCAUCUUCUCGCACAGCUCCAAUGACAGGCGCAACCGUAUGCUGCUGCGUGUUGGAGACUCGGGCUGGUCGAGGCCGCUAUCCUUCGAAGCUAUUGGAUCCGAAAUGGAAGUUGUCCUUCCAUCAGCGUCGAAGAACGAGGAGAUUCACCUCGGUCUGACCGUCGCUGAUGGGCUCGGCAAGUUCAAGCUCUCCAAAGUCGUCAAGCUUCGUCCGCGCUACAUCGUGCGCAACCAUCUCGAUGAGCCUAUCAACUUGCGUGAGGCAGGCGCAGCAGACUUUGUCACAUCAGAGGCUGGCACUCGCUUGCCUUUGCACUUCUUGCGCGUAGGUGCUACCAAGCAGAUGACGCUCGCAUGGCCCGGCAUCAACAACAAGUGGACGGCACCCUUCAACAUCGAAGACGUGGGUCAUGUUCACUUGCGCAUCGCCAAAGCUGGUCAGCAUCAGCAGCUGGUCAAGGUCGAAGUCUUGCCCGAAGGUCCGACAGUCUUCAUCACGCUCAGCUACGAGAAAGGCCCGUGGCCAUUCAUGCUGCGCAAUGAGAGCGACUUCACCAUCACCUUCAUGCAAGCCACGGAUCGCAGCCAGACUGGCGGUGGCACCGCCAACGUCGUCGCUGAUGCCAGCUCGAGCGGCAGAGGUAGCGACGAUCGUGGCGUGACCGGCGGCAAGGACCAGGAUCAGCAAGUGGGCAAGCGCUACGAGCUCAAGCCUCGCUCGAAGAUGAAAUUCGCAUGGGAUCAACCAUCCCACAAGAGCAAGCUCAUCAAGCUCGUCGCAAAUGGACGAGAACGCAACGUCAAUCCGCUCGAGAUCGGCAGCCAGCUGCCCUUCCGCUUCCCCUCGGCUGACGGUAGAGGCAAUCGCGUCGUCUCCAUUGAUGUGCGAGCCGACGGCCCCACGCAAACGAUUGUCCUCUCCAAUUACUCGGAGGCCUUGUCCAACUUUAAGAUCAAGCGUCAGAACUCGCGCUCUGAUACGAUGAGCAGUCGAUCAAAUACUGAGAUCGGCUUCGAGUCCGUCGAUGUAGACACGGACAUCCUGUCGUCGUUCAGCGUCACUCUGUCCGGCGUAGGCAUCUCCCUCAUGGACCGCCGCGUGCAAGAGAUCGCCUACGUGAGCUUCUCCGACGUCGACGUGCGCUACAACGAGUCACAAGCGACGCGCUCUUACGGCCUAACGAUCAAGUGGAUGCAAAUCGACAACCAGCUUUGGGGCGCCCUUUUCCCGAUCAGCUUGUACCCUGCCAACUUGCCGAAAGACAGGACGGCCCUUGAGACUUUGCCUACGCUGCAGGUGGCGGUGGUGGAGAGCAAAGAUCAGACGCACGGCGUGCGCCACCUCAAGUAUGCCUCCGUCCUGCUGCAAGAGAUCCAGAUCGAGAUCGAGCUCGAAUGGCUCAUGGCUCUCCUCGACUUCAGCAAGGCCUUCGAGCGCGGUCUGCCUGCAGAGGCAGAGGGAGACUACACAGACAGCCCAGAGGCGAUUCCUGACCCACAGCAUGUCGAGACGGUCCGCGAGGAGAUCUAUCUAGAGCUCCUUCUCCUGCAGCCAUUGUUCCUCACCAUUUCCUUCCUCAUGUCGGAUCGAAACGAGCGAAGCGCUGAGGAGCAAGUCGCGCAAUCCCGCUCCCCACUCGCCUUCCUCGUUGGAGCGGUGACCUCGGCCGUGGGCAACCUCAACCAAGCGCCCAUCCGCUUGUCGGCCAUCGCGAUCGAGAAUGCGCGCCUGUCUCCUGAAGAGCUCCUUGCGCGCCUGCAAGCCCACUACGUCUCGAGUGCGGUGGGCCAAGUCUACAAGCUCGUCGGCGCCAUCGAUGUGCUGGGCAACCCGCUGGGCCUCAUCUCCGGGAUUGGCAGCGGAGUGUCUGACCUGCUUUACUCACCCAUCGAGGGGCUGGUCCUGCAUGGCAACCGCGAGCUUGGACUCAGCAUCGCGCGCGGCGCCGGGUCUUUCGUCCGCAAGACGGUCUACGGUGUCUCUGACUCCAUCUCCCGCCUCACCUCGUCUGUAGGCAGCGGUCUAGCCGCCGCCUCGCUCGAUCGCGACUUCGAAGCUCGUCGCCGAAUGGCCCGUUUCCGCAACAAGCCGCGCCAUGCCCUGACAGGCGUGACGGCCGGUGCAAGCAGCUUCUUCACCUCGCUCACCUCCGCAGUCGAAGGAGUGGCCCUUCGUCCAAUUGAGGGCGCAGAGCGUGGCGGUGCUCUCGGCUUCCUGCGUGGCUUGGGCAAGGGAGGAGUAGGCCUGCUCGUCAAGCCCGCUGUGGGCGCUUUCGACCUUGCCGCCUCUUUGGGCGAAGGGGUGCGCAACACGACGACCGUCUUCGAUUCGAGCAACGACAUCGACCGAGUCAGACUGCCCCGCUAUGUUGCACCUGACCUCAUUGUUCGACCGUACAGCUCUCGCGAGGCUCUAGGCCUCGCCUGGCUGAAGAAUCUCGAGGAGGGCAAGUACCUCAAGGAGUACUACGUCGCUCACGCGGAUAUGGGACAUCGUGAUGAGGUCGUCAUCCUCACUACGGCGAAGAUCCUCUACGUGCAGACGUUGCAGCUCAAGUGCGCGUGGGAGGUCGGGCUCAAUGAGCUUUCGAGUGUUAGCCUGGAGCAGGAGGGGAUCGCACUCAUGUUGAGGAAUGGGGUCAAGGGACCGCUGUUGAGGAUCGAGGAUGUCGGAUUGAGGAAUUGGCUCUUUAGGAACAUCUCGAAGGUGGUCAAUGCCUACAAUCAGGCGCAUCGCUGAGCGGAUGGAGAGGUGGGGAAGCGUAGGGCUGGGAGGCGGACGUGCUACGUCUUGUUCAGCCAGUCGCGAUUUGUA